UGAAUAUUCGAUAAAUUGAAUUUUAGCUUACACAAGGUCGAUACAUGUAUUCGAAAAAAAUGGGUGACAGAGUUAAGAGAAAAUUAGUAUCCCUUACGAAGACGAAUGAGGCUACUGAUAGAAAAACUGAGAGCCCAGAAGAAUCUUCGGAUGAAGAGUUGCUAAAUACCAUUAACAGUGAGGCAGAGGAUAGUUCAGAUUCUGAAGGAGAAAUAGAAGAAUCAGGUGAUGAAGUUGACGAGUAUCUCGAAGAAGAAUCUGAAAAUGGUGUUGAGGAUACAUCAGGAGAUAUCGAAAACUCCGAAGAGGAAAUUGAAGACAGUUCAGAAGAUGAGGGGGAAGAUGACUCUAACAGUGAACAAAACGAGCUUUCUGAGGAAGAAACCAGUGAGAAACAAGUAGACGAAUAUGAAUAUGACACCUCGGAUGAGGAGGAUAUAAGGAACACCAUUGGAAAUGUACCCAAAAAUUGGUAUGAUGAUUACAAACAUUUCGGUUAUGAUUGGGAUGGAAAGAAAAUCAUAAAGCCAGAAACUGGGGACAAUUUAGAUGAGUUCCUCAAGAGAAUGGAAGAUCCUGACUUUUGGAGAAGUGUUAAGGAUCCACAAACUGGGCAGAAUGUUGUGUUGUCUGAUGAAGAUAUCCAACUUAUUAAGAGGAUCAGGAGUGGGAAAAUACCUGAUGUUAAUUUCGAUGAAUAUGCUCCUUGGGUAGAGUGGUUCACUAAUGAGGUGAUGGUUACACCACUGAGGAGUUUUCCUGAGCAUAAAAGGUCCUUCUUACCAAGUAAAGAUGAGCAAAGGAAAGUAUCUCAACUGGCUCAUAAGCUAAAAAUGGGUUUGAUUAAAACUAGAGAAGAAGCUGCCAAAUUGAGGGCCAAGAAGGAACCUCAGUUUUACAUGUUGUGGAAAACAGACGACCAAGCUGAGGAGAUGCGAAGAAUAUACAAACAUAUUCCAGCUCCGAAAAGGCUUUUACCUGGUCAUGCCGAAUCUUACAAUCCACCACCGGAAUUUUUGUUCGAUGAGAGGGAAAUGAAGCAGUGGAAUAAAUUGAAAGACACCCCAUCGAAGAGAAAAUUGCAUUUUAUACCACGAAAGUAUGAUUCUUUGAGGAAGGUUCCGGCACACCCAAGGUUCAUCGAAGAAAGAUCCAGAAGGUGCCAGGACCUCCUCCUCUGCACAAGGUCCAUCCAGAAUAAGAUAAGAAUCGAGCCUGAGUUCCUGGUUCCCAAACUACCCAGUUCUCAGGAUCUUCAACCAUUCCCCAACGUUCUCGCAGGAGAAUUCGUCGGUCACACUGAUAUGGUACGAACAGUGAGUAUCGACGAAAGGGGGCAACAUUUACUGAGCGGAUCAGACGACGGCACCAUAAAGAUCUGGGAAGUGAACACUGGCAGAUGUAAAAAGACUAUAAAGUUAGACGACGUUGUAAGAUCCGUGGAUUGGUGCCCCAACCCCGCCCUGUCCCUGAUCCUGGCAGCUAGCGGAAAGAAAGUCUUCCUCAUCAAUCCCCAUGUCGGCGACCGUUUGGUUUGUUCGAAAACCGAUUCCGUACUCCACGAGGCCCAAUCUGUGGAAUCUGCGAUGAUCGAGAGGGUGAGGACAACGGUGCAGUGGUCUCUGCCGGAGGAGGAACUUUUCAAGAGGGGCGUAAGGGUGGUUUUGACACAUUUCAAAGAGGUGGCGCAGGUUACUUGGCACGGUAGAGGAGAUUACUUUGCCACCGUCAUGCCUGACGGUCAGAAUCGGUCGAUUUUGAUAUCCCAGAUCUCGCAAAGACGAUCCCAGUUGCCUCUGUCCAAGUCUAAGGGGCUCAUACAGUGCGUUCUCUUCCAUCCGACUAAGCCGUGCCUGUUUGUGGCUACGCAGAGGCAUGUGAGGAUCUACGAUUUGGUCAAGCAGAAUCUGAUAAAGAAGUUGAUGACGAAUUGCAAGUGGAUCUCGACGAUGGCUAUACAUCCAGGCGGUGACAAUCUUCUGGUGGGCACUUACGACAGAAAAGUGCUAUGGUUCGAUCUGGAUCUGAGCACUAAACCGUACCAGAUACUGAAAUUGCACGGUACGGCUAUUAGGGGUGUUGCUUAUCACAAGAGGUACCCCCUGUUUGCCUCCGGAUCGGAUGAUAGGAGUUUGAUAGUUUCACACGGAAUGGUUUAUAAUGAUUUGCUGCAGAACCCUCUGAUAGUGCCUUUGAAACGAUUAGAGGAUCACAAGCAACACAAUGAUUUUGGUAUCUUCGGCGUCAUUUUCCAUCCCAUGCAACCAUGGCUAUUUUCAUCGGGGGCUGAUGGUACAAUCAAAUUGUACUCGAAUUGAUUUCGUACAAUGUAUAUAUCAAUAUUUUAUAAGUUGUAUAUAAUUUAUUAAAAUGAACUUUUUUAUU